AUGAUCAGAUCAUUAUGUUGUCGAGCAAACAAAAUAGAUGAUGUAGAUGAUACUGUAGUGAUAAAAGAGAAUUAUGUGGAUACGAUAUUCAUUUACUUCUCCAGUAACAUACUUGGACGUUCAUUGCUUGGUCGUUUCAUGACGGCUUUAGAAGAAAAGAAUUUAGCUUCACAAUCAAUUAUGUUUACGACAAUUAACUCUACAAAAAUGAAUUCUUCGCCAUUAUUUCGUAAUUUAACCUUAAAAGGUAAUAAUGUAGGUGUUUUUACAAUUUGGAAAGGCCAAGAUGUCUAUAAGAGAGCAGAAGAAGCAAUUACUCGAAUUGGAAACAAGCAUGCUGUCAAUCGUUCUGAUGUCCUUUUCACAACUUCGUCCGCACAAACGCGAAAGGAAGUCAGUCUGUGGAUGACUGAUUACUUGAACGACUCUCGUGACGCCAAAAAGACAAAUGGAAAAGCUGACGACAAGUCAGAUGAUAAGACAGAUGAUAAACCAGCAAACGAUGAAGAGGCUCCACCCGUUGUUGUAGUGGAUGCAGGCAGUACGCAGGAAGCUAUAGCUCCAUUAGCAUUAACAGAUUCUGAGAUAAUCGAAGAGACGAAUGUGAACGAAUCAGCUGUCACUGCAACUCCACCACCAAUAGUACAGUCAUCUGAUGAUGCCAUUACAGCUGAAGUUGAAGCUGCUAAAACGCCAACACCACCCCCACCUGUGCCACAACAAUAA